UUCUAAGCGGAAACAGGAAGUGACGCAGGACACGGAGUGGUAAAUUCAAAAAUCUCUUUGGCGUUUGGGUUGGACGGAUAAUGUUUGUAUAGUUCAUUUCAGGUUAUUAUUAUAAUUAUUAUUAUUAUUUUUUAAAGUUUCCGCGUGUACUUUGUCCAUAAAAUUUCGUGGUGAAGGAUUUAAAUUCAGGAUACGAACGGUAAAACGUGAGAGCAUGCCUGUAGACGAUGCCUCCGAGCUCCUCAAAUACUACGAGGUUUACGAAACCAUUGGAUCAGGUGGUUUCGCGAAGGUCAAACUCGGCAGACACAUUCUGACAGGCGAGAAAGUGGCCAUCAAAAUCAUGGAAAAGAAAGUUCUUGGAGAUGACCUGCCUCGCGUGAAGACGGAGAUCGAAGCGAUGAAGAACCUCAGUCAUCAGCACGUGUGUCGCCUUUACCACGUCAUUGAGACGCCCAGCAAGAUAUACAUGGUGCUUGAGUAUUGUCCCGGAGGAGAGCUGUUUGAUUACAUCGUAGCGAAAGACCGUCUGUCGGAGGAGGAGACUCGCGUGUUCUUCCGUCAGAUCGUAUCGGCGCUGGCCUACGUCCACAGUCAGGGAUACGCCCAUCGUGACCUCAAGCCUGAAAACCUGCUGAUUGAUGAGGAUCACAAUCUGAAGCUGAUCGACUUUGGGCUCUGCGCCAAACCAAAGGGCGGUCUCGGUUAUGAACUAAUGACGUGCUGUGGAAGCCCCGCCUACGCAGCCCCAGAACUCAUCCAGGGCAAAUCAUAUAUUGGUUCAGAGGCGGAUGUUUGGAGUAUGGGCGUGCUGCUGUUCGCUCUGCUGUGUGGCUACCUCCCGUUUGACGAUGAUAACUGUAUGGUGCUGUACAGAAAAAUCACAAAAGGCCAUUAUAAAAACCCUCACUGGCUGUCUCCUGGAAGCAUACUGCUCCUUAAUCAGAUGAUGCAGGUGGAGCCAAAGAGGCGUUUAACAGUCAGGCAGCUUCUGGCUCACCCCUGGGUGAUGAAGGGAUACAGCAGCCCUGUGGAGUGGCACAGCACGCGUCCGCUGGGACAUAUCGAUGAGGACUGCAUCACAGAGAUGGCUGUGACAUUCAAGCGGUCCAAACAAAGCACCAUCCAACUGGUAUCAGAGUGGAAGUAUGACCAGACCACUGCUACGUAUCUGUUACUGCUGGCUAAGAAGCAGAGCGGGAGACCCGUGCGUCUCAGAGCGAACGUGACUGCACACGACCCCACAAGCUCCCCUGUACAGGAAAUACAGUUAAAAAAGAGCCUGCAUUUCAGUGAUGGUGAAGAUGACGAUGAUGAUGAUGAUGAUGAUGUUGAAGAUGAAGGCACACAGAGAGCCGUGCUGGGUUCCAUGGUUUUUCCUGCCGAGUGCUACGACGAUGACAACGCCUGGCUCCCGUUAACGCCAAGGAACAGGCAGAACACACACACUCCUCGCAAGCCUACCUGUCAAUCAUCUGAGAAGAGGCGGGGCGAAAUAGGCCAGUCCCCUAUCAUAGACCAAGCAAAGCCACGCCCACGGAACGGUGAGAAGCGUGAACGGACCACAGAGAAUAAAGAGAACUUGGCAGUGCCCAAUGCAGACGGUGGCGUUUUCGCUCUGCCCGCCCCCAUCACUCCAGCGUCCAAUCGGAAAAGCCGGCCCAACAAAAUGGCUCCAACAACACCUGUUAAUAACAAUGUUAUACAAAAACCAGUGGAAACACAGAAAGAAGUGGUAGGCCGGAGGGCCGGUGAGCAGCAGCAGCAGGGAGUAAAGGAGAUCCUCGUCUUCAGCCCGGAGAGAAGGUCUCGCUCGUUGGACAUGGCGGGAUGUCAGGUGGACAGCGGGCAGAAGCGGAAGGGAGGGAAAGUGUUCGGCAGUUUGGAGCGAGGCCUGGACAAAGUGAUCACCAUGCUCACUCCGAGCAAGAGGAAGGGGCCGAGGGACGGACCACGCAGGAUAAAGGCGCAGUACAACGUGACGUUGACCAGCCAGAAUAACGCAGACCAGGUACUGAAUCAAAUCCUGAGAGUUUUACCAGAGAAGAACGUGGACUACGUGCAGAAAGGUUACACACUGAAGUGUCGCACGCAGUCGGACUUCGGUAAGGUGACGAUGCAGUUCGAGUUGGAGGUGUGUCUCCUGCAGAAACCCGAGGUGGUGGGAAUCCGGCGACAGAGACUCAAAGGAGAUGCCUGGGUCUAUAAACACCUGGUGGAAGACAUCCUGUCCACCUCCAGUGUCUGAGCGAACAUGACCUCACUUCCUGUGUCCACUGAGCGCCGUUACUGCAUGUCACGUUUCGCUGACAUUCGGUGUUUGACGCAACCCGAGUUUCACUUCACGUCUUAUUUCCGAUCACUUAUUUUGCCUUUCUUUACCCGUGUCGAUUGUUGACAAGAAGAUUAAUGAAAAUGGAUGAAAAUGAAAAUUCUGUCCAGGACAGAAAUGAAUUGCACACUUUAUCCUGAUUGGCUUUCCAGCAUCAUGCAGGGCCAUUUUAAUAAUCAGCAUACUUGAGUUUACGUUUUAAGUGUGAAAGCAUUAUUCUGCUAAUCUUAGUUGUCUUGUGUUGGAACGUCUUGUCCUGUUUGUAUUGUUCACGUAUUUUACAUUCUUCUAAAACGUGUUGUUACUUUACGUCAUGUUUCUGUGUCUGUCUACAGUCCAGUUUUAUACUAUUAAAAUAAGCAGUGUUUGUGUGUAGCAGAAUAAAGCAGUUUACAAAAAAGUUGUGUG